UUUCAGAAUAGCCGAGAACCAGGGAUCCUGAGCUUGACGAAAAGAGGAUCUCAGUUAUCAGGGCUGCUACCACAGCGCCAGCACAGUUGAUGGUCUUACAUCGACCAUCACGGUAUCCUUUUGCGCAAAUUUGACCGCAUGCACGUCUGAUAAACGAAAUAUUAUUUAGGAUAAUAUCUAGCAGAGAGACUAUUGUAAUAGUCCCAGAGGAGGUUUCAAGGUUUUGAGUAGUUCGCAUGCCAGAGGAAGGCAAUUGUCAUUUUAGUCAAAACAUCUUUUAAGGUUUAAUGUUAUCGUCUAAGUUAUCGUUAGAAUCAUCCCUGUUUUCGCAGCUGCAGGUUUACUGGAUUCGUUUAGUCGGUGUCUCUGUCACUAAUCUUGGUUUCUUAAUGCUGAUUUGGUGAUAGUCUGACCCAGAUCAAUGGUUUACGAGCAGAUCGACGGUCUCUCAACAAAUAAGAAAAAGAAGAGACUAGCUAUUGUAUCCUUUUGUAAUUCCAUAAUGAACCGUUAACUUAAGACAGGCUAGGUAACAGGCUAGGUAAGGUUAAAAAUAUAUUGGUUGUAGUACAGGUACUUGUGAGAACGCAGGUAAUCAUCGCGAGGUUAAACUGUUAAGGUAAUUAUCUGAUAUGUUGAAAACGCAUGAUGAUAUGCAUGACGGAGAAUUAUCGUUGCAUCGCUCCACCCCAUAUUGGAGGUGAUCAUGACAGUAGUCGGGGUGGUUGUUGGUAACCUACUAACACCUCCCUCAGAUCUUGGAGAUUAUGACAACCUCUACAAGGGGCUGGCAGACAUAGUUCUUGAAUGGUCUGAUGCCAGUAUAGAAUCUUGUAAAGAAGCUGAUACGUUCAGAAUUGACCUUAGUCAGCAGGCUGCGUGCGUUGACGGGAAUUGCAGAGUGGCCUUUAUUCUUCUCUACCCUGAAGAGCUUGACUUUCAAUCAAUCUCGUGGACUGACACGGCAAACGAACAAAAAACAACGUUGAGAAAUGACUUAACAAUUGAAACAGAUGAACAAUUCAAAAUAAUAAUACCCGAGGAGGUUUUGCUGAAAGAUCUGACCAUUACCUUCGAUGGAUCUGUCAGUAUUUGUGAAGUUAUUGUUGCUGGAGAGAGUGCGGACAAGUACGAGUGCCCGGCUGGGAAGUUCCUCAAAUCCAAUCCAGUUCAGUGUGAUCUCUGUUCCGAAGGUGAAUACAGUGACGUAGCAGGACUGAAGGAGUGUAAACAGUGUGCUGAGAAUGAGAAGACAGAAAACACAGGGGAAGGUAACACAGGAUGUACUCCCUGUGAUUAUCUACAGUACAGUGCUACUCGUAGCUCUGCUUGUAGUCCGUGUGACGGAACCUCCCAGAACAAAGCUGCUUGUUUUCUGAGCAGAGAUCAAACUGAUAACCGGGUCCCAGGCACUUUCGGGCACACAGAUCUCAGAUCCCUCGAAAGAACAGAUGAGUACGCGGGGUACGAUAUUAUGAGCGGUAUAUCUACUAUCUCAUUACAACCUGGAACCUUCCUCAUCUACUCUGUAGUCCUGAUUGCUAAGGAGCCAGGGGACCAAAGUAUUCUAGAAUCUCUGACAAUAGAUUCCUGUGAGAAGGACACCACAUUAAGUUUCCCUGCUGGAACUGCUGUAUUCACUUGCGAGAAGUCAGGACUUGCGUCUCUCUCGGUCACAACACAGUCACAAAUAACACUUAAGAAAAUGUUUGUGUUCGGUGUCCCGUUUAAUGAGGCCUCAGCUCCUCCAGGAUACAGGAACACCGGGACUCAGUUUGAGAUAUGUCCUCCAGGAAGCUACAGCCAAGGAGGUCAGGUGACGGAGUGCACUAAAUGUCUUGAUAACCAAGAACAGGCCGCAGCAGGACAGACUAGCUGCACCAACUGUAACCAGGGGUUCUACUCCAAUAUUGGGGACCCUACCUGCUCUAAAUGUGGACCUGAUUCCCCGGAGUGUAAAGACGCAUGCCAGAGCGAGGAAGAGACAAAUGAAAUUUACGGAAUUUACUCCUGGCCCUCAACCUCACCAGGAGAAACAGCCACAAUUAAAUGUGCUUACAAUAACCACAAUGCCGGCAAAGCCUUUAAGAUGUGCGAUUCUUCAGAGAAAACAUUCGGAGAAUCAGACUUCGCACAGUGUCACUCCAAAGUACACGAGAACAUAAACAUUAUUAAUAAAGAGGCUGAUAAAAUGGCGUCACCAGAAGAUCAGAAAGCCGUGUCAGAACACAUAGAAAGUGUGACUAAGAAAAGCUCUGGUAUCAUGAACUCAGAUGACGUGAAGAUGACCUCUCAGAUUAUUGACAAGCUUGUCGAGUACGACGAGGCCACAAAGUUGGAUGAAGAUGUGAGAAACAACAUCGUGAAGACAGUGGAAGGAGUUCUCGACUCUACCAGCGCCUAUGAGAUAGCUAAAGGAGACGUUGCCUCCAGUAUGAGGAACUCUGUAGAAAAGUUAUCAAAUAAGAUCUCCAAAGACUCUAAGGAUACUGAAGACAACUCGCCGAUCUAUGUGAAGGAGCGGAAGAUGGGAGUUAUCGUCUCCAAGACAAUAGGAGACGACACUUCCUUCACCGUAUCAGGAGAUAAGAGUAACUACACUAACACUGACCUGGCUACUGACAAGAACAGUCCCGUCUUGUUCACGGUUAAAGUUCCAGCGAAUGAGAAUAAGAGUCCAGUAACGGCUAUACUAUACGACACCCCCAAAUUUUAUCCUGACAAAAUAACUGUCGAGGACUUCUCAUCCGCACUUGCUGCACAGUUCACCAGCCCCAACCGUUCUAAGAAGGCUCCAAGUAGAGUAGUUUCCAUGGUAACCGAGAUAAAGUACGCGGAAAGCACAGGAAGUGUUCAAUUUGAGGAUGGCAAGGAGAUUGAGAUGAAAUACAGUGUCAAGGAAGAGAAGCCUCGAACACACUAUAAGAUGCACUUAAAGUCCAGCUACGAUUGUGUUUUCUACGACACAAAAACAGAAUCCUGGAUAUCAGGCGAGGAGUCAGGCUGUGUCACGAAGGAGGAGAUUGGGAGCAACGGAGAGAAGCUGGUAUCUUGCCAAUGCUCUCACAUGACUAGCUUUGCUGUUCUCAUGUCGUUUGACAGUGACUACGACCCACUGGAAGAGACGGUGACUUCCAUACUCCUGGGAAUCAGUUUGGGAUGUCUCUUCUUUACAAUCAUAGCUUACCUUCCAGCCAAGGAUAUGUUACGGACCCGGUCAGUUCGGAUAAACCUGCUGCUAGUCACAUCUCUCAUGUUCUCCAUCAUUAUCUUCUACUUUAUGGAGCUGGUCGUCACUACUGAUAUAAAGGAGGACAAUGCCCGCUCUGAGACUGAUACCGCUGCCUUCCCUUGUGUUAUCGUUGCAUUCCUGAUGAACUACUUCUGGCUGUGUCAGAUGGCGUGGAUGGUUUGCGAGGCUCUGGUCAUGUACAGAGCCCUCGUCAGCGCCGUCAUGGAUUCCCAUAUUCACAGAUACAUGCUGAAAUUCAAUCUGGCUUGUUGGGGGAUACCUCUGAUAUUCCCCAUCAUUGGCAUUAUCUGGGGACAGACUGACUUCGCCAACCCUAGAACAUGCUUCAUCCGUCAGAAAUAUGGGCUGGUGACGUUCUACGGUCCUGUCAUCUUCUGUAUCCUCUUCAACAUCUUCAUCUUCGUCAGGAUAGCCUGGUCCAUAUUCAGAAAACAAAGCAUGGAAACCGGCAAGAAACCCGUCAGUGACCUCGAGAGGAAGAAGAAGCAGUUCAAGUUUGCUAUCACUGUAAUGACCCUGCUGGGAGUUGCAUGGAUAUUUGGCUUCUUCCUCAUCAUCAAGGGAGAUAACACCAUCUGGCUCAGAUGGCUCUUCAUCGUAUUCAAUUCUACCCAGGGUAUAUUCAUCUUCAUUCUGUACGUUGUGAUGAAUGAUAACCUAAAGAAAGUGUGGAGUAAACUGCUGAACAUCGCCGACUCAGACAAACCGUCGCACUCCAGUGUCCCUUAUUCUAGAUCUAAAGGAGCUGGUACAAAACAGACAUUCGCUGCGACCAAGAGUGAAAUGGACCCUCUAUCCACAGCCACCACCAUCUCUACCCGCUCUAAGACCAGUAACGUUACCAUGGUUUCAGAGGUGGACAGGUCGAGAUCUGCUUCACCUCGCUCCACUCUGAUGACAACCUCUCUGGUGUCUCCGGAGAGAAACGUCUACAAGAACAGCCCGGGAGGCGUGCACAUCUACGAUAAUGUGGCCUCAAUUAUCGGCAGCUCGUUGGACAAACAUACCUCAGCUCUCAACACCAAUGCUAGCUCUAACUUUACUAACUUUGAUCAGAACUCAAGUAAAAUUGUUAAUGUUAAGCAUCGCAGAGCCUGAUGGUUCUUUAAUUAACAAUUUAUUGUGUUAAUUAUUAAAUUCUACUAUCUACACAUUUUCAGAUUUGUAAUUUUCCAUAUGUAGUGCUUCAACUAGAUUUUUAUCGGUCUACCUAAUCUCUAUAGAUUGUUAAGCUUGUAGAGAUUAAAUAUAUAGAAUAUAGAUAGUAGUACCGAUUGAAUAAGUAAAAUAUUUCAAUUUGAUGUAGUCUAAUAUCGAUUUAAAUAUCUCAAACAUGUAUUGAUAAUACUUGAUUACAAAAGGGUUUGACUUAGCGAUGUGGCCCGUUUAGCGUUUAUUUAAUCAUCCAUCAAAUAUCGACAACGCUACCUAAAUUUAUUUGUUUAUCAAUUGAUGAUUUAACUAUAUAGUGACGUAGCCAGCAAUGAAUUCUUAAUAUUUGAUUGCCGAGUUAAUGUUAUACUUCAUGCUUGGAGACAAAAUUGCCAACGGUGAAGUUAUUUUGUUACCUUUCAAAUUCAUAAUGACGUCCUGUUUUAG